AGACAACAUGGUGGCCAAAUUCAAACAGAAACUUAUUUUUAUCUUUAUUUUAGUGAUUUCUGUCAGCUCAGCAUCCAAGGUUCUCAAAAAAGAUGAAAAUGAAACUAGUCAAACAAACAAAAAGGAAACUCCAAAGAUGCGAACAAGAGAUCAUAUUAAAGAUUAUCUACAGCUAACUAAACAAGACAAUCAGACUGAGAAAAUCAGGACGAUUCUCAACAGGUUGACAGAUAUCUACCAUACGUCUAUCCAGCCCAUGGCAGAGGCAUAUAGAUUCAAUGAUAUUCAUAAAAACAUUAUUACAGAUGGUGAGAUGCAUUCUAAGCCACUGCUGUUAUUCCUUGGGCCAUGGAGCACUGGAAAAUCAUCAAUGAUAAACUACCUUGUUGGCAUUGAGGACUCUGAUCAUAAACUUUACACAGGUGCUGAACCAACUACAUCCGAUUUUACUGUAGUGAUGAAUGGACCAAAGUACAAGGCAGUGGAGGGAAUUGUCCUUGCCACAGACAGCAAUAGACCCUUCUCAGCAUUGGAGAAAUUUGGACAGGGAUUUUUAGAGAAAUUCCAAGGUGUGGAAAUGCCUCAUAAGAUUUUAGAAAAGGUGACAAUAAUGGACACUCCUGGUAUCAUAGAAAAUAGGAAACAGCAAGAACGCGGGUAUCCAUUUAACGAAGUCUGCCAAUGGAUGAUAGAUCGUGCAGAUCUUAUAUUUGUCGUAUUUGACCCGACAAAACUAGAUGUCGGGAAAGAACUUGAGAUGUUAUUUCAACAGUUGAAAGGGAGAGAAUCCCAGAUCCGAAUCAUAUUAAACAAGGCUGAUUCUAUCUCCCAACAGGAGUUAAUGCGAGUUUAUGGAGCGUUAUUCUGGAGUCUCGCCCCACUGAUCAAUGUGACAGAGCCCCCUAGGGUCUACACAGGGUCAUUCUGGGGUAGAGCAUUUAAAGACAACACAAACCAUCAAUUGUUUUAUGAUGAAGAGAUAUCCCUCCUGAAUGACAUUAAUCAAAUGAUCCAAAACAGAUUAGAGCACAAGAUUGCAUUUAUACGCAAACAUGCCCAACUUGUGCGCAUACACGCUCUGCUAGUCAAUGAAUAUUUAAAGGUCUUCAACGAAAAAAACUCUGUAUUUGGAGACACAGAAGAACUAAUAAGGGAGAUUGUAAACUAUCCAAAUAGGUUUAAUAUAUUUCAAAAAAUCAUUUCAUCCAAUGGGGUCUCAAAGUAUGACAUACCUUCCCCGGAUAUAUAUAGGGAAUUCUUUAGCAUAAAUGCCAUUAAUUCAUUUUUAAGUCUCACAAAACAUUGCUCAUAUUUUGAUGGCUGUUUGUACGAUAACCUAAAUGAUGCCAUCAAAAAACAGCUGCCAGGUCUAUUACAGGAGUCAUCUGAGAAGGGUGUCUGCACAAAAGACACUUGUUCAAAUUCACAACCUUAAUGAAUAUCAGAGGUUUCAUUAGAAUUCAUUGUAACAGGCAAAAUGAAUAAAAACAGUAAGCAAAAUAAUUGACUAUUAUAAUUUUGAUGUUCAAGUCCAUGAGUAGUAACAUAUUUUCUUACAAUAUCAAUUUUGGGAGAGAAAAAUGCCUGUUGACUGCUGCUAAAGAAACCUCUGAAUAUGACAUUUAUUUACUACAUGUAUCCCUUAUAUCCCAUAUCCAAGAUAUACAAUUCUCGGACGGGACAAAACCCAGAGAGGAAAUAACAGUAGUAUCUACAUCCCAUUGUGGCACCUGAAAAGCUUCUUUGUACAAUACGCUCAGGAUUUCAAAACAAGUGAAGGAGGU